GGGAAGGAGGAUGCAGCGGGCCGCGCUCUUCCGCGGCGGCGAUGCGCAGAUGGCCGCCGGGGACCUGGGCGAGCUGCUCGUCCCCUACAUGCCCACGAUCCGGGUGCCCAAGUCAGGGGACCGGGUCUACAAGACGGAGUGUGCCUUCUCCUACGACUCGCCCGAUUCAGAAGGAGGUCUCUAUGUGUGCAUGAACACGUUUCUGGGAUUUGGAAGGGAGCACAUCGAGAGGCAUUACCGGAAAACAGGACAGUGUGUCUAUCUGCACCUGAAACGACAUGUGAAAGAGAAGGUACCAGGAGCAUCUGGUGGAGCUUUACCAAAAAGGAGGAAUGCUAAGCUAUUUUUAGAUCUGGAGAUAAGCAGUGAUCUCAACAGUGAUGACUUUGAAUACGAGGAUGAAGCAAAACUUGUUAUCUUUCCUGAUCAUUAUGAGAUCUCAUUACCCAACAUAGAAGAGCUACCAGCACUGGUGACGAUAGCUUGCGAUGCACUCCUCAGUGCAAAAUCACCCUACAGGAAGCAGGAAUCUGACUCCUGGGAAGAAGAGCUGCAGGCAUCUAAACAUGCUAAAACACUUGUACAGUUAGACAAUGGUGUUAGAAUUCCCCCCAGUGGGUGGAAGUGCUCCAAGUGUGACCUGAGGGAGAACCUGUGGCUGAACCUGACCGAUGGCUCCGUGCUCUGUGGGAAGUGGUUCUUCGAUGGCAGCGGGGGCAAUGGACAUGCCAUGGAGCACUACAGGGAGACAGGUUAUCCCCUGGCAGUGAAACUGGGAACCAUCACUCCUGAUGGAGCAGAUGUCUAUUCCUUUGAUGAAGAGGAGCCGGUUUUAGAUCCACAUAUAGCAAAACAUUUGGCACACUUUGGAAUUGAUAUGCUGCAGAUGCAAGUGACAGAGAAUGGGCUAAGAGAUAAUGACAUAAAGCCAAGAGUCUCAGAAUGGGAAGUGAUUCAGGAAGCUGGUGUGAAGCUCAAGCCUAUGUAUGGCCCAGGAUACACUGGCAUGAAGAACCUGGGAAAUAGCUGCUACCUCAAUGCUGUCAUGCAAGCCAUUUUCAGCAUCCCAGAGUUCCAGCGAGCGUAUGUGGGAAACCUUCCACGAAUAUUUGACUACUCCCCUCUUGAUCCAACACAAGAUUUCAACACUCAGAUGGCUAAACUGGGACAUGGGCUCCUUUCAGGCCAAUAUUCUAAGCCCCCCAUGAAAUCUGAGCUCAUUGAGCAGGUGAUGAAAGAAGAACACAAGCCUCAACACAAUGGAAUAUCUCCUCGAAUGUUCAAGGCUUUUAUAAGUAAAGGCCACCCAGAAUUUUCAUCUAAUAGACAACAAGAUGCACAGGAAUUUUUCCUACAUCUUAUAAAUCUAGUAGAGAGGAACCCUGUGGGUUCGGAAAACCCCAGCGAUGUUUUCCGGUUCCUGGUGGAGGAGCGCACACAGUGCUGCCAGUCCAGGAAGGUGCGCUACACGGAGAGGGUGGACUACAUCAUGCAGCUGCCUGUGGCCAUGGAGGCAGCAACAAACAAAGAUGAAUUAAUUGCCUAUGAAUUGAAGAGGAGAGAAGCAGAAGCUGCAAGGAGACCUCUGCCAGAGCUGGUCCGUGCCAAGAUCCCAUUUAGAGCAUGUCUGCAGGCCUUUUCUGAACCAAGCAAUGUAGAGGAUUUCUGGAGCAGUGCCCUUCAAGCAAAAUCUGCAGGAGUUAAGACUUCCCGUUUUGCUUCUUUUCCUGAGUACUUAGUGGUGCAGAUAAAGAAAUUCACCUUUGGCCUUGACUGGAUACCCAAAAAGCUUGAUGUUUCUAUAGACAUGCCAGAUUUCCUGGAUAUCAGUCACCUUCGGGCCAGGGGCCUCCAGCCAGGAGAAGAGGAACUCCCAGACAUUGCUCCUCCCAUUGUCAUUCCUGAUGACCCAAAAGAUCACAUGGCGAACCAUUUCGUGGAGUCCCUAGAUAUUGAUGAGUCUUCAGUUAUGCAGCUGGCAGAGAUGGGCUUUCCUUUGGAAGCAUGUCGGAAAGCUGUGUACUAUACUGGCAACCUGGGUGCUGAAGUGGCUUUCAACUGGAUCAUUGCACACAUGGAAGAACCAGACUUCGCUGAGCCAUUGGUCACACCUGCAUUUGGAGAAGUUGCUUCCAGUGGGGCAGCUGCUUUAGGAGCUGUAGGGCUAGAUAACCAGCCCCCUGAAGAGAUGGUUGCAAUAAUCAUUUCCAUGGGAUUCCAAAGGAAUCUGGCGAUUCAGGCGCUGAAGGCAACAAACAAUAACUUGGAGCGUGCACUGGAGUGGAUCUUCAGCCACCCUGACCCUGAGGAAGAAAGUGACCCUUCUUUGGACACGAUGGAUAUGGAGAACAAUGCUAAUGCCAAUAUCCUUGCAGACACAGGCUCUGAGGGACCCAGGAUCAAAGAUGGCCCUGGAAGGUAUGAGCUCUUUGGGUUCAUCAGCCACAUGGGAACAUCCACGAUGAGUGGCCACUACGUUUGUCACCUCAGAAAGGAAGGAAGAUGGGUGAUCUACAACGACCUUAGAGUCUGUGCCUCAGAACGACCUCCCAAAGACCUGGGCUACAUUUAUUUUUACCACAGGAUACCAAGUUAGGCCUCAAAUCUAUCACCUGGCCUUAAGAAGCCAUAAGCCUUUUUAACCUGCCCAAAAAAAGCAUACAGUAAAAACGUAAAACCAACAAAAGACCCCUUAACCCUUGGACUGCCAAAAAGCAAAGGAAAACAUGGGAUGUUUAUAGUGUACUUACAAACAAUCAUUUGAUGCCGCCUUAAGUGUUAGACGGAAGAUUUCUAUUAGGUGCUGUAUAGAACAUUGUUUUAAAUUUAUACACCUUACAGGCCAUGUGGAUUUCUGGUGGAAUUUGCAGCUAGUGUGUGGAGAAUAUGGAAGCUUCAGUGUUGAGCAAAAGCAGUUCAGCCCAGCUCCUGCCUGUCCUGUCCGUGCAUCCUUUGAAGACCACAAACAAAUAUUUGUGUCUUUGGUGACUGGGAGCCUGUGUUUUCAUCCAGAGUCCAGAUCAUGUAGAGAAAUCAUUUGAAGGGAGGGGUUUUGUGGCUGUUCUUCAAUGCAGAAUGUCUUAUUUCAGAGGUUAUUUUCAGUGCAGUGAAAAGUCAGCUGAAGUUGUAUCUGUUGGAAUUCAGUGGAACAGUAUUUGAUUCGACUUUUCCAGGCAUAAGCCUAAGAGACUAAUGGAGACAGGAGCAAUCUCCUGUCUGCGCCCUCUACAUUUUUUGCCAAAGAGAAAUUUUAUUUUUGCAGACAUAGGUUUCUUCAUCUUCACUUGAAUGUUAAUUUUCUAAGUUCCACCAACAGCUUCAGGAUUACAGAUGGCUAAAAGCAGGAGAGUUUCUGACUAUGAAAUUAAAUGCACACCCUGAGGAAAGGCAAGGCUGUUAUUUAAAUUCUGUUUUCUUACAGAGGAGGUGAAGAAGGGUCUAAUGUCCCAUUACAUUUAUGUCAGGGAAAUUUGUAUCUAGACCACUCAUAUUCCAUCUGAAAUCAACCCACUGACAAAGUACUCACAGUGCAAUCCUGCUUUCUGCUAAAGAUUGCUUAAAUAUUGACUUCUAUAUCUAAGUGGGAGAAAUUGCUUAGUAAGUUUGCUGAUGUAUUGAUUUACCCCUCUCUUCCUCCUUGAAAAAAUCCAAAACAACAACAACCAACAAGAACAAAAACUAACCAAAAAAAAACCAAACCCUUGAAUUGAUAUUUUUGCUUUCUUUAAACUUGCCAAUGCAUCAAUAAUCUUUCUCUUCAAGAGACACCUUCUAAAAGGGGUUUGAUAUCUCUGGCAGGGAUGAUGGGGUGGGUAGGCAGGGGCUGGCCUUUCCUGUCUUUUUUUUUUUUUUUUUUUCUUUUGGUGUGUGUUAUUUAAGUGUUUUUCACAGGUGGAAGUAUGUAUGUGGAUUUAAAAAUUAUAUUUGAAAACACUCAUUCUAGAAAAAUUACAAUGGUGAAUGCAAAACCUUUCAUGAUUCCAAAAAAAUGAAGGAACCCAAAGGUUGGACACUGCUUAGAGGCUGUUGCUGGAGUUGCCUUGUACGAUGUUACCAAGCCCUCACAAUAAAUUACAGCAGUCAAAAAAAACGUUUUUUUUUUGCAGAGUGCAAGAGAGGCAGAGAGGUGUUAUUAAAUUUUCUCUGCAGGUAAUGCCUGCAAGUUUUAAUAGCAAAAUUCAGGCAGCUACACAUUAGAGAAGAGAACCCAAAUUGAACAUCUGGUUACGAGAAGGGCAUUUUAGUUUUUGCAGUGUCUGGGGAAAAAUAAUUCUCCCUCUGGUCAUAAAGCCUCACAGAGAACCAAAAAACCACUGUUGGUAUUUUAAUCAGGUUUUUAUCUUAAAAAAUUGUGAGAGAAAUUCCAGUGCAAUAAUUCUGUAGAGUGUAAAGGUGUCUAAUUGCUGGGAAAGCUCCCUGCACUUAGAGCUCUUACACACACAUUAGUGCAGUGUCCUGGCACAUUAAUGAGUGGCCCCUGUGAGAUUCAGCUGCCUUGUGCUUAUUGAGCCACCAGUUCUGGGUGACAUAAAAGCUGCCAGUAAUUUCCUUCCUUCUUCCAGAUUUUGGGUAUUUGAGGACUUUACCAGGAAGUGACAGGUUUGAAAAUGGGAUCAGCAAAUUAUGCAGUGAUACAUCUUGUAUUUAAAGUGAAAGAGCAAAACUUCUGUAUAUCUCUGUGUUUUUUCAUUCUGGCAGUAGAAAAAGGACAAAAGGCCUUUUCCCCCCCACUUUCUUUAACUUUUCAUUCUUUUUUUUUUAAUUCCCAUGUAUAUUCCAAGGAAGUUCAACACAACAGCUUCUCUCUUGCCUCAUGAUCUUAAAGGGCUAUUUAGAAACUACCAAGAUCUGGUGGCUGCUGCCUUUUAUUUAGAAAUGUUGUGUAAAUAAAAAGGGAGGGCCCUUGGCUGGCUGUGGAAAGUGAAUCGGAGCGGCUCAGAUCAUGGAGUUACUUUCAGUUCAUCACUUUGAUGUUUUACCUGCCCAAACCACAGUUAGUCAGGGGUGCAGGGAGCAGAUUAGGUGAAAGGAUCCAGGUUUUCUAAAAUGUAGCAGUUAAAAAUAUGUUAGAAGUUCUUCAGUCAGGUGCUUGAGGAAUUACUUUAUUCUCUCCCAAAACAGUGGCCUCCCUCCUUUUUUCAAGUGGCUGGUUCACUCAUCUCCCUUUGUGAUGGGUUUUGUGUGAAGAGCAUCAUGAACCUGGAGGAACAGGAUGUCAACUCCUGACUCCUCAGCCUAAUGGAGGGAGAGGAGUUCUGGUGGGUUUGGGAUUUUUUUAAACUCCAGCAUUGCAGAAGCCCCACUCAAACUGUACUGAAGAGAUGGCUGAUCUGCCAGGCUGUGCCUGGAUGUGCUAAACCAGAGGCACAACCUGGGCACUCCCUGUCUGGGUUCUGGAGGAGCUCCGUGAGCUGGGAGUUUCUGGACAAAAAAGAAUGGUGGAAGAAAAAUCACUGUGAGCUGUUUGAGACAAUCUAACCCAAGAAUCAUGGCAAGCCAGGACUUGGCAGUAAAUAAUACUCUUAUUUCUCAGACUUAUUUUUACUUUUUUUGUAUGAUACAUUUAAGUUAGGAGAUAGGAAGGAAGAAAAAACUCAGUAACUUUUCCGUGAUUUCCUCUUCUCCUCUCAUUCCUAGCAGCAUGCUGGAUCCAGUAGACUCCUCAUUCUGAGUCACAAUCUCCAAUCUCCAAAAUAUGUAGACACAAACUCCUAUUUAAUCUUCCUAGCUAAAAUAUAAUUAGGAUAAAAAUUAAUUUAUUCAGAGCUGUGGUUUUAAAAUGAGUGUAGAUAUUUCUGAACUCCAGUCACUUGUAACUCUACUGGGUUCAGUGCAUUACCUCUGAGUGACUUUGGUGUAAGUGAAACCCACAUCAGCCCAGGUCUGUGAUUCAGGCAGCCUCCACCAGGUCCCAACACACAUUCAGAAUGUGGAUGCAUCCAGAGCUCAUUUGAUUUCUUUAGGAACCUCUCCAACAGAUUCCUUUUGUUCUCCAUCCUGGCAGCAGCCAUUUUUACCCUCUUUGCUGUUUUUCAUGCAUUGGAAGUCUAUGCAAAAUAUGUAACUGGACAUUUCAUUGUUCUCCCUGUCGCCCUUCCUACCUUAAUGGCUGAGAUUGGUGUCUGAUUUCUACUCACUCUUCAGUGGUUUUACUGUUGUAUCCUGGAAGUGUCUGUCCUGGUUUACUUUGCACCAUUCAGAGUUGUUUGCUUGAAGCACUGUUAACUUUCUGGAGAGUAUUUGUCUGAGAUGAGAAAGGCUGUGAAUGACAUUGUUGCAACUGUUUUAAAUUAAAAAGAAAUAUUCUCACAUCUGG